AUGCUGUCUCUCCGCCUGCCCAGCCUGCGCUCGCAGGCACGCACUUUCGCCUCGACCGCACGAGCAGCGACCAACAUCCCCGUCCGCGCCGUCGAGGCCGAGGGACAGUCGCACGUCCCGGCAGAACGCCCAGAGGGCGCUGUGACCCAGGCCGGCGUUGUUAGUGGUGCUCCUGACGAGCUCCACCGUCGCCCCGUCCGCAUCUUCCGCCCCGCUCCUUCUCCCACCUCUUCCGCCAAGGGCACCUCGCACCACUGGCGCAUCGACUGGGACAUUCUGCAGGGUGCAGGGCGGUGGGAGAACCCUUUGAUGGGAUGGGCAUCCUCCGGCGACUACAUGCAGGGCACGCAUCUCAAGUUCAACAGCAAGGAGGACGCCGUCGCGUUCGCCGAGAAGCAGGGAUGGGAGUACUACUGCCAGGAGCCGCAGGUGCAGAAGUUUGUCCCGAAGAGCUACGCCAACAACUACGGCUACACGGCUAAGAAGCUGCGGAUCCACCACACCAAGUGA